AUGGUUGAAAAUAAAAAACCAAAUCCUGAUCAGUUAAUAGUCUGUAAAAUGAUAGCAGAAGAGUGGCAAAAUGUUAGAAAACAAAAUGAAGUUGAUAUUGACAAAGUAAUUAUCCAAUAUCUAAACAUGUCUCUAAAUCUUCAAGGUGUUUCUUUUCCUAUGAUGCCUCAAUUACAAACUUCUACAGAUGGUAAUUCUUUAUCUACAAUUGCAAUUUCUAAUACAAUUUCUACUACUCAAUUACCUGAAAAUAAUAUAGAGGAAAUUCACUCUAAUGCUAUAGCACAAAAAAAAGUGAUUGAAUGUAAACAAUUAGCAGAAAAAGAGCUAAUUGAACUUAAAUUUUCAUAUAAUAUUUCAUCUAAUAUUCAACUUUAUAGAGAAUUAAAUGCAAUGUAUCAGUCUAAAUGCAGAGACAAAAAAUGCAAAACAUUAGAAGAACAAAAUGAAGUAGUCAGAUAUGACCAACUAGAAGCAAUAAAAGUUAGAAUUGUAAAUCAUCUUUGCCAGAAUCUUGAGAAAAAUUACAAUAUAUAUAUGUGCAGAUCUUCUCUAAAUAAUUAUCUUUUGCCUUGGCGAUCAAAUUCAAUUACUGCAAAAGCACAUCAUCACCCUGUAUGGGUUGCUGUUGCUGGAGUUUCAUGUGAUAAAAUAAAAGAACAUCAGGAUGAGCACUAUUGCCUGGCUUCUGUCAAAGGAGCAAAGCAAUUUGCUAAAACUUUUGCAAAUAUGUUAAUUAUAAUAUCUCAGGAUAAUAAAUCUAAAAUUGGUCUUGAUGUACCUGCUUCAUUAGGCACAUUAUCUGCGACACAUAUGGAAGAUCUUUCUUUUCUCAUAUCAAAUGUGCAGUAUACUGAAGCUUUAACAAUAGAUGUUGAUGGUGGACCUGACAAGAAUCCUAAAUAUUUAAAAAACAUAUUUUCAUACUGCAGAGCCAUGAUCAUGCUUUCAGAAAAGCUUGCUGGAAUAACACUUCUAAUUGAUUAUUUUAGUAGCCAUUUAGACAGCCAAGGAAAAUUUGUUGAUUCAGAAUUAGCAGCACAAAAUUUUCAUUAUGCAAGUAAAGCUUUAUGUAAAAUAUGGCAUCAUUAUUCUAUUUUUGGAAAAAAGGUUGAAGCAACCUAUAUCAAUAAAACUAUCAAUAUAUUUGUUGGACUUGAAUUUAUUGAAAGACAUUGCAACCUGUGUCAAUAUGCACUUGAUAUAAAAUGA